AUGGCCACCAACAAUUCCCAAACCAGCAAUGUUGUACCUCCUCCUUCCAUACCCUCCAUUGUCAACAUCAAACUGGAUCGUUCUAACUAUCCAUUAUGGCUAGCUUAUAUCGUUCCUCUUUUGAAAAGUCGGGAUCUUUUGUCGUUUGUUGAUGGCACUAGUGAAUGUCCUCCUAAGACUAUUGCUAGGAGUACUACUGUGAAUCCUGCCUACACCACCUGGGUUCAACAAGAUCAACUGAUCCUUAGUUGGAUCAAUAGCUCUCUGACUCCAUCUGUUCUCUUUACUGUGUCGAGAAAUCAGACUUCUCGCACAACUUGGCAAGCUUUGGAGCACAGAUAUGCCUCUGCCUCUCAUAACAACAUCUUGCACUUACAUAAUGAGUUGCUUCGAACCAUGAAAGGUGAUUUGUCCAUUAUUAUGAAUAAUCUUGGACUAGCCUAUGAAAUGAUCGCGAGUGUGGUGAAAGCUCGUGACACUCCAAUCUCAUAUGACACCCAUGAAGCUCUUCUUUUGAUUGCUGAGCGACAAAUGACAGAGCAAACUGUUCCUAUGCUAAAGAAUUGA